AUGGAUUACUCUCGUCACGAUACCGGGUACGAGGGUAACAAUGACGACGAGCAUGUGGACGAAGUGGAGGAGGAGGAUGAAUACGACGAGGACGAUGACGAGGAGAGGGGUGUGCCGAACAUGCUGGCGUUUAUGCUGGGGAAUGUGAACGACGAGGGUUCGCUGGAGGAGGAGUACAUGGAUGAGGUACAUUUUGAGGCGAGGUCAGGGGCUGGGCAAGCUGGUGAUGAUGAUGAUGCAGACUACGACCGGAAAGCUGAUGACGCAGAGGACUACGAGGAUAUAGAUGAGGCGUUUGAGGAGGAAGAUGCUGGCGCUGGCACCAGCGGUGCUGGUGCUGCUGCCGCUGCUGGUGCUGGUGGGGAUGCUGGUGGAAGAGGGUUUGAUUAUGCUGCUGGGCUGGAAGGGGUUGGUGCGGGUGAUGCAGGGGAGGAGGAGGAUUAUGACCUGGAGGAGGAGGAGAUGGAGGGGGAGGAGGAGAUGGAGGGGGAGGAGGAGAGGGAGGAGGAAGUGGAGGAGGCAGCGGGACAGGUGCCAACCACCCCUGGCGAAUUGGGGUUCACAGAGGACGAAGAAGAGGAGGAAGAAGAGGAUGAGGAAGAUGAGGAGGAGGAAACGGAGGGUACAGCAGAGAAGGAUGAGGAUGAGGGUGAGGAGGAUGAGGAGGAGAAGGGUGACGAGGAAGGGGAGGAGGAAGACGAGGAAGAGGAAGAGGAAGGAGCGGAAGGAGGGGAUGAUGGAAACAUGGAGGAGGAGGAAGGGGAUGGGCUAGACGAGGGGUUAGAUGGAGAGGAGGAAGGAGAGGGGAUCACACAGGGCUCACUUGAUGAAGGGUUGGAUGAAGGGCUGGAUGAUCAUGAGGAGGCUGAGGAGGAUGAGGAGGAGGAGAAAGGGGAUGAGGAGGAGCACGACGAGGAGGAAGAAGAGGAGGGAGGUGAAGAGGAGGAGGAGGAGGAGGAGGAAGAAGAGGAAGAGGAGGGCGAGAAAGAAGUGGAAGAAGGUGGGGAUAACGAGGUAGAGGGGGCUAAGGGGGAGGACGAAGGAGGCAUAGGUCAAGAGGAAGAGGAGGAUGAGGAAGAGGAUGCGGAGGAGGGAGGGGAAGAGGAGGAGGCAGAAGGGGAGGGAGGGGAAGAAGAGGAGGCAGAGGAGGGAGGGGAGGAAGAGGAGGCAGAGGAGGAAGAAGGGGCGGAGGAGGAAGCUGAGGAGGAGGGAGGGGAGGAAGGGGACGGAGAAGGGGAGGUUGAGGGAGAUGGUGAGGGAGAGGGUGUGGGAGAAGAGUAUGGGAAGGAGGGAGAUGAGGAGGAGGAGAAGAACGAGGGAGCGGAGGAGCAGGAGGACGAUUUGAAGGAAGACUUAGAAGCAGCGUUGGAGGAGGCAAUGGAUGAAGGAGAGGGGGAGGGGGAGGGGGGGAUGGAUGAGGGCGAGGGGGGUUUGGAUGAUGGGGAGGAGGGAGGCGAGGGGGAGGAAGGGGCGGGAGAGGAGGACGAGGAGGGGGAAGAGGAGAAAGCGAGUGCUGAAGGUGGUGCUGCGGCAGAUGAAGAGGCGGUUGUUGUGGGAGGAGCAGGAAGCGGAGAGGAAAUGGUGGGAGGGCAGUGGGCAGCUGGGGAGAUGGCUCCAGGGAGUGAGGAAGGAGGACAGGGGGAGGAAGAGGACGAGGAGGGAGUGAGAGGCGAGGCAGAGAUUGGAGGUGCUGCUAUCAAGGGUGCGGAGGAGGCAGAUGGGGGGGUUGGGGGUGAGAGGGAGGAUGAGGAGAUGAGAGAACAGGAGGAUGCUGCUGGUGAAGGGGAAGGCGUGGAAGGGGGAGAAGAGGGUGGUGGGCAGCAGGGCAGGGGUGCUGGUGACGGUGAGACAGAUGCAAUGGAUUGGGCUGGGCAAGGGGAGGGGGAAGGGGUAGGAGACGAGGAGGGGCUGGAGGGAGAGAAGGGAGAGGAGAACGGGGAGGGGAGGGGAGGGGAGGAGGAAGGGAAGCGGAGGAACGAGUUGCCAGUGCUGUUCAAGGAGGGGGGCAAGGAUGUGCUGCGCUUCUCAGACAUCUUUGGCAUCAAGGGCUCCUUCUGGUCGCUCGUAGUGCAGACAGGGUCCCGCCCCAAGCGCCACCGCGUGCUGCCUCGUGCGCCGACUGUGUGUGAUCCAGGGCAAGAGGACGACGAAGUGCUUCUUCGAUCUGCAUCAUCGCCUAAACGAACGGCUGAGAUGAUGCGAGAGCGAGCUAUUGCUCUUGAGAAAGAGCUACAAUAUCAAGAGAUGCUGGAGAGGGAAGAGGAGGAAGAGGAGGAAGAGGAAGAGGAGGAAGAGGAAGAGGAGGAAGAAGAGGAGGAGGACGACGACGACGAGGAAGAGGAAGAAACAGAGGAAGAAGAAGAGCUAGAAGAAGAGGAAGAAGAAGAGGAAGAGGACGCGGAGGACAAGGAGGAAAAAGAUGGAGUGAAAUUCAGGGAGAGAGAGGUGAUUGAAGGUCAGAUGAAAGAAGAGGGGAAACCAGCAGCAAGGGACGAGGAGAAGGAGGAGCGGUUGGAGGAAGAGGAGAAUGGGACCAUAACUGAAAGAGCUAGGAUAGAGGAGGGGCGAGAAUGGAACAAGGAGGGAAUUGAUGAAAUGGAGAAGGAACACGGGUUGAUGAUAGAGGGAAGUGAGGGCGAGAGUGAGGGAGCAGUGGAAGAGGAGAGGGCAAGGAUUGAGGAGAAGAGGAGUGCUGGAGAGGAGGAUGAAGGGGACGGUCAGGAGCAGGGACAAGCGGAAAGUGAUGAGGGGGAGAAAGAUGGGAGUGCGGACAAGGGGAGUGAGGAAAAUGAAGAUGUGGAGAAGGGAGAGAAAGAUGGGAGUAUGGAGAAGGGAGAGAAAGAUGGGAAUAUGGAGAAGGGAGAGAAAGAUGGGAAUAUGGAGAAGGGAGAGAAAGAUGGGAAUAUGGAGAAGGCAGGACCUGAUGAGAAGGAUCAAGGGCUGAAGGAGGAAGGUGUGACAGGUGAUGCUGAGGUGGCAAUGGAAGGGGAUAUGGCAAGGGUUGAGGAAAAGAGGAAUGGUGGAGAGGAGGAUAGUUGGGAUAAGGAAAGGGUUGAGGAGAAUAGGGAUAGGGUAGAGGUGCCUCGGACCACUCUUGAGACACCUUCAAGCACUGUGGAGGGCGAGCAUAGAGGGCUAGAGGGUGGCGGCUCAGAGAGAGAAACUAGGAACGAGGGAGUGAGUGAGGGAAAGAGUGAGGGAGGGAGUGAGGGGAGGAGUGCAGGUAUGGUGGAUGUGAUGAAGGAUGAGCGGGUCGAGGGUGAGGAGGAGAGAGGAGGUGGGAGGGAGGAAGAGAAGGCGAAAACAGGGGAAGGAGAGGGGGCAGGAGGGUCAAAGGCAGGAGGUUUAAGUGCAGCAGUGAAAAUGGGAGGGGAGGCAGAGGGAGAGGCAGAGGGGGAUGCAGCAGGGAAGGCAGGGAGAGAGGCAGAGGGGAAUGCAGCAGGGGAGGCAGAAGGUGGAGUGGAGCAGUUGGUUAGUGAGGAUACUGAAAUGCAGGCAAUGGAAGUGGACCGAGGGGAGGUGGGGCAGGGCGACACGGGGGAGGUGGGGACCGGUCAGGGUGACAGAGGGGAGGUGGGGACUGGUCAGGGUGACACAGGGGAGGUGGGGACCGGUCAGGGUGACACAAGGGUGGGGGAGGGGGUGGGGGCUGGAGAGCAGGAUAUGGGGGUUGGAGAGGGCACGGAGAAAGUUGAAACCGGCAAGAUGGAGAUUGAUAUGUCAAGUUUUGAGACUUCACAAAGCCCUAUAAGGGCUGGAGAGGACAAGGAGAGAGGGGCUGACACUGGCAACAUGGAGGUUGAGAAAUCAGGAGAGGAUGUUGAAGGGGCUGGAAGGAGUAUUGGUGGGGGCGAUGGGGGAGAGACUGCAUGCAUGGAACAAUCUGAAGGGGUAGGGGUGGAGCAGAGGGAAGGUGCGGGGCUAGGGCCGGAGUGCCAGGGGUUGCGUGGUGCUGCAGAGGAAGCUGUUUUGGGGGCGCUUCAAGAGGGGCCUGAGGGGGUGGGACGGAGUGAAGGAGAGGAGGGCGUGGUAGGGAGGAAAGGAGAGGGGUCACAAGUUGCGGAGGGGCUAGAUGGUGCGGUGGAGGGGUUGCAUGGUGCACCAGCGGAGUCACUAGUUGCAGUAUGUGACGCGGGGUCUGUGAGGGAAUGUGAGGUUCGGAAGACGGGAGGAGCUGAGAAGAGCAUAAGGGGAGAGAGUGAGGAGGAGAAGAGAGGGAAACAGCCGAGUGAGGAGGUGAGGGGGAAAGAGAGUGAGGAGAGGAGGAGAAUUGGAGAAGAGGAGGAAAAAGGCGUUCAGGUGCCUUCAGAAACGAAGGAAAGAUCUGCUGUUUCUGAGAUGCCUCGAAAACAGUCAGAUAAAGAAGAAAGCAUGGCGGGUGGUGCCGAGGCUGGCAAUGAUGGUGAAAGGGACGGUGAACCGGGCGGCAAAGUGGGCGGCGCAGAGGGCGGGAUUGAAGAGAGCAAAGGAGCAGAGAAGGUGGCAGGGGCAGGCGAGGGUGAUAAUGACAGUGACAGUCGGGGGAGUGGCGAUGGGCGUCUAAAUGGGCAUGGUGAUGGGCAUGGUGAUGGGCAUGUGGAUCGUCAUUCGCCUGGGGAUGGGGAUGGGUGGGGGAAGGCUGUGCUAUGUGAGAAUGGGGAAGAGAAGAAAGGUGGUAGUCAAUCUCGUGGGGAGGAAGUGGUUACAGGGAAGUCAGAUGAGGAGGGUGCAGGGCGAAUGGUUACUGAGGAGAGUGGUGAGGAGACAGGUGAGGCAAGGGAGGAAGGCGAGAAAGGAGAGAACGGAGAGGAAGGAGGGAAAGGAGAGGGGGACGGGUUUGUUGGUGAUAGCGGCGAGAAUAAAGUGCACGAGGUGGAUGAGGGUGUGGGAGGAGGAGGGGGCGAUGGGUCUGAUGCUGGUGGUGAUUCUGAUGCUUGUGGAGAGGGUUUGGGGGAGAAGGAAGAAGUGGGUGGAGCAGAGGGGCAAAAGCAAAGUGAAGGAGCACGAGAGAACGAGAACAGAGGAGAGGAUGAGGGGAGAGGAGAGGAGGGGGGUGAGAAAAUCACGGUGGGAGGCGAAAAUGGGGAGGGGAAUGGUGGGAUGAAGUUUGGAGUGGAAGGGGGUGGGGAGCAGGAGGAGAUGGUUGCGGCAAGGAAUGGGAGUAUAUGGGAUGGCAAUUUAGAUGAUGAUAAUAGGGAGGAUAAAGGUAGAAAGGAUGAGACGAUACAGGUUGGUAGUGGAAGAGAUGAUGAUAAAGGGGAUGGUAUUAAAGCUGAGGGAGUGGAGGAGGAAGCGGGGGAGGGAGUGAAGGAGCGAGUGGAGGAAGGAAGAAUGGGUGAAGUAGUGGAAGAGAUGGGCGGGAAAGGGGAAGAGAAGGGAGAGCAGAAGGAUAAGGUGGAGAACGGGGAGAAGAACGAGGAGAAGGGAGAGGAGAAGGAUGAGAAGGAGAAAGGGGAGGAGAACGAGGAGGAGGGAGAGGAGAAGGAUGAGAAGGAGAAAGGGGAGGAGAACGAGGAAAAGGGAGAGGAGAAAGAGAAAAGGGAGAAGGGGGAAGGGGAGGAGGAGAAGGGAGAGGAGAAGGAGAAGGGGGAGAAGGAUGACGAAGGGGAGGAUGGUGAAGAGAUGGAGGUGGACGCACAGCCUGGGGAAGGGAACGAGGGUGGAGAGGAGGGGAAGGAAGUCGGGGGAAAGUUGGAGGAGAGGAAGGUCGAGGAAAUGGGGAAAGAGGAUGGGGGAAGAGAGGAGGUGAAAGAGGAGGAAGAGAAAGAGGAAGUGGAAAAAGUUGAGAGGAUGGAAGUGGAAGGAGAGAACGAGGAAGGGGGCAAAGAAAAGGUAGAGGACAAUGAGGGGGGGCGAAAGAAGGAGCUUGUGAAUGCGAGUGAGAGACAGGGGAUGGGAGGGGGCGAUGUCAGUGGUGCGAUGGAGAGGGGGAGGCGAGAGAAGCAAGGUAACGUGGCAGGGGCGGAAGACCAGUGUGAGAUGGGGGUCCUUCCUGAAUGGGAGGGAGAGAAGGGGGUGAACGAAACAGGACGAGUUGAUGGGGAGGCAGGCGAAGUGAAGAGGUUGGGGAUGGGAGAGGCAGGGGAAGGAGAAGGAAUGAUGCUGGAGGGACAAGGACAUCAGGUGCAGGGGGGAGUGGUGGGGGGUUUGGUGGAGGGAAUGGUGGGGGGGUCUGGGGAGUUGAAGGAGGCACAGCAGUCACAGGAGUGUGUUGAUGGGUAUGAGAAGGAAGGGGAGGAGGAGGCAAAGGGAGAGGACGGCAAGGGAGAAGAGGGUGAGGGUAAGGAGGAUGGGACGGAUGAAGCUGCAGUUGAUGGUAGACAGGUGGGGAUGGGCGCAGAGAUCAGCAAGUGUGAGGACGGUGCUGCUGAUGCCUGUACGACAAGGGAGGGCAGUGGGGAGGGCAAUGGAGAGGGAAGUGGAGAGGCGAUUGGAGAGGAGAUCGGAAAGGGGAGUGGGGAUGGCAAAAGUGGGGAUGCUGCUGUGUGUGAAGGGGGGGGCACAGUCGAAGGAGACAGAGGUAGCUUGGGAGAGGGGGAGGGAGUGGUAGGGGAGAAGGAAGGGGGGAAGGAGGGGGGAGGAGUGGGAGGGAAGGGAAGAGAAGGAAGGUUGGUUGAGGAGGGAGGGGAUGGGGGAAGGGGAGGCGAGGGAGAGGAGGGGGGCGAAGAGAAGGGGAUGAGAAAGGGAGUGGUUGGGGAGGGAGGAAAGGAAUGGCAAGAGAGAGGAGCAGGCGAAGGGAUGCAAGAGGGAGAAGUAGGACAGGGGGAGGAUGGUGAAGGGGAAGUGGGAGUGGUUAAAGUGAAGGGGGCGGGUCAUGAAGACGAAGGAGAAGAGGGAAGAGAAGCAGGGCGAGAGAUGGUGAUGGUGGGGGGGGGUAGUCUGAACGAAGGAGGAAAAGAGAGUGAUGAAAGAGGGCGGGAGAUUGAGGGUUUGAUGGUGAGAGGUAGUCUGGAGGAACGAGGAGGAGCGAGAAGAGAAGCAAGUCGAGAAAUUGUGGCAGUAGGCACGAAAUUGGGCAAGAGAGCGGACAGAGCAAAGCUCAAGGCGGCAAAGAAGGUGCUAAAAAAGAAGACGCGUAAAACGAGGAUGAAGAGGCCAUCAAAGGGGGCGGUUCGGCAGUCUCUGGAUGGGUCAUUCUUUCAAAAACAGGGCCGUUUGGAGGAAAGGGAUGAGCUGAUGGAGUCGUUUGCAGGGGUGUUUAACAGCACGCCCAGUGCUGUCUUCUCUGCUCUCAUGCAGAGCGACUGGGAGGACCAGAUCGUGUGGGGCAGCCCUGAACGCGCCGAGAGCUGGGAGGGCGAGGGUGAAUUUGAGGGACGGGAGAGAGUUGGAGUGGGGGUGACGGGGCAUGAGGAUAGGGGAGGAGAGGAAGAGGAAGAGGAGGAUGAGGAGGAAGAGGAGGAGCGGAAUUUGAGGAGGCAGGGAGGUGGUGAGAGGGAAAACGGGGAUGUGGAGGGGAAGAUGGGAAGUGAAAGGCACAUGGAGACGGAUAAAGUGAAGUUGGAUGGCACGAGAGAGGGUGGUAUUGGAGCAGAGCAAGGCGGCAAGGAGGAAGGGACCAUUGAGAGGCUUGAUCUUUCAGGAGGGGAGGAAUCGGAAGAGGACCUAGAAUGGGAGGAUGGCGGCACAGGAGACGCAGUGGGCACACGGCUGGAAGGGGGCACAGUUGGAGAAAAGGGCAAAGGUGGAGAAAGGGACAAAGCGAGCAGCAGGGGUGAAGGGAAGCAGGGUGGUGUGCUGAUAGCGGCACGAAAACAGCCAUCUGCAGAGCUGGUGGGGCAGUAUGGGGAUGUGCUUGUGUAUGAUGAUGGGGUGGUUCUGGAGCCCAUAGGUGAUGGUAGGGGCGAUGGUGCUGCUGGUAAGCUUGAUGAGAGGCCUGUGGAUGAUCAUGGGCAUGAGCACGAGGCAGAGGGAGAGGAGGAGGAUGAGGAGGAGGAAGAAGAAGAGGAUCCAGCCAAGGCGGCAGUGAGGAGGCGAGUGAGGGAGGUGCUGCGGACUGCAGCCGUGCCUAGGAACACAGAGCUGGACUCGGGCGCAUGGUUGGAUGCGGUGCUGUGGGGUGAUGAAGAUGAGGAGGAGGACGAAGGCGAGGAGAGGAAGGAGGCGGGUGAGGAGGAGAAGGAGGGGAAGAGGAAGGGUGGCGUGAGGGAAGGGAGAGAGGGGAGUGUCACUCCAGACGCUCCUGUUCUGCUGACCUUCUCCCAGGUGUUUCCACGGGCUUCAAGGCGCAAAAAGGUGCACAAGCCAACGAAACUGGCACCAUCCACCGCGAGUGUUUCCUUGGCUCUCCCUGCUCGCCCUUCUCUCCCAUCUCGCCCUGCUCCCCCGCGCAUAAUCUUUGACCUCAGCGAUCGCCGCAUGACCUUCCAGCUGGUGGGACCGGUGGGAGAAGUCACUGGGAGAGAAGGCUCUGGCGUGCGGGGCUCUGUGCUGGGGAGGGUAUCCCUGGCGGGUGUGACUGAGGCAGGUGCAUCUGGUGUAGGUGUUUCUGCGGCAGGUACGGGACCAGGUGGUGUAGUUGCAGGUGUGAGCGGCGUGGAGGAGGUUGCAGUGAGGGUGGAGGCAGGUGGAGAGGAAGUGGCAGGUGGUGCUGGGACGAUCCGUUUGAUUGACCAUGCGCUGGCUAUGAUUGUGCCAGCUCAGCCGCGCGUCGUGCCACAUCAGCAUCAGCACAUGCUGACGCUCCCCACAUCAACGCCUGUAACAAUCGGCGAAACAGCAUCUGCACUAUCACCAAGACCAGCAGCCGCUGCUGCCACCCCUGCCACCAGCACAGCAGCAGCAGAAGCAGCAGCAGGAGCAAGUGCGUCCGAGCCCAAGAGCUCCAGCGUCCCUCCACCAACCUCCCUCUCCUCCACGCUCCCAUCCGCGCACCUGCCGCUCCCAGGCGACGCAGCAGCGGGGUGGCUGCCUCCUGAGUUCCUGGCAGAGGCUGCAGCGUGGGCAGUGGAUUUCUCGCGCGACCACCUGUACCAGAGCAGCAAGGCGGGCGUGGGGGCUGUGGGCGGGGCGGCGGGUGGAGGGAAGGCGCAUGGGAAGAAGCGUGCGAGCACGAGUGUGAAGGUGUAUCACUCGCUGCCGGCUAUUCGCCUGCAGACGAUGAAGCCACGACUGAGCAACAAGGACCUAUCGCGCUUCCACCGGCCCCAGGCGCUGUGGUUUGCGCAUCAGAGCGAGGCGGCGGCGAGGGCACAGGGGCGCGUGGAGGGGCAGGAGGGCAGCCUGCGCGUGAUCGUGAGGACGCUGGGCAGCAAGGCUGUGAAGCUGCAUGUGGGCGCGGGGGAGAUGCUGGGUGCUUUGCGAGCUAAGACCGCCAAGAAACUAGGAGACAUGAAGGAGAGUGAGGUGGUGCGAUUCUACUCCAACGGGCAUGAAGUGACGGCAGACAAGCCACUGGGAGAGCAGGGAGUGAGGGGUAACGCCAUCAUUCACGUGAUGCGCCCGUGCCUGCACCCCUGGGGGCGGGCGCACCUGAAGCUCCCCGGCGACAGCAAGCCCAAGCGACCUCCUGGGACUUUCCGGAAGAAGGCGGAUCUUUCUGUGAAGGAUGGCCACGUGGUGCUCAUGGAGUACUGUGAGGAGCGCCCUUUACUACUGAGUAACGUGGGCAUGGGCGCCCGGCUCGCCACCUACUACCGCAAGAUCUCGUCCGUCGAUUCCGGCGCAGCUGCGAUCCGGGACGUCCCUUUCUCCGGCUCGGUGAUGCCGCUCGAAGUGGACGAGGAGUCCCCGUUCCUGGGCGACGUCAGGCCCGGCACGAGCCAGUCCAGCCUCGAGACGAACCUGUUUCGAGCCCCAGUGUUUCGGCAGCAUGUGCCGCAUACGGACUACCUGCUCGUCCGAUCGCCGAAAGGGAAGCUGUCUAUAAGGAGGAUAGAUGGCAUGCAGGUGGUGGGGCAACAGGAGCCGCAUAUGGAAGUUAUGAAUCCCAUUUCCAAGGCUGCUGUACUCCAUAGUAGCAACCGCCUUAUGGUUGAAGUUUGUCGGACGUUUCGGGAUUAUGACAAGGAUAAGGACGGCGGCGGGAGCGGCGGUGGGAAGGGAGCGGUGCAGGCGAAGGGUGGGAAGAAGGGGGGCCGGCGUGCGGUGGUGAACGCGCCGAAGGUCAGGGCGGAUGAUAUUGCCGCGCAGUUUCCCACGCUCACCGAGGGGCUUAUAAAGAAGCGGCUUAAAACAUGUGCGGAGCUGCAGCGGCUGGAGGGCGGGGAGAUGUGGUGGGUGAUGCGGAGAAACUUCCGGGUUCCUUCUGAGGAGGAGCUACGUAGAAUGGUAACCCCUGACUUGGUGUGCUGCCAUGAGAGCAUGCUUGCAGGCCUGCACCAUCUUCGGCGAAUCGGAAUCCGCCACCUCACUAACGCGUCGCCGCCUCUCAGCACAGCCAUCGCCCAGCUCCUCCCGGACAACCCGAUUAAGAUGGCAGCGAGUCUGCUUAUAGAGAGGGAGUUACUGCUGACCCCCUGGAACCUAUCCCACAACUAUGUAUCGAGCAUGACCCACGGGAAGGGAGGGUUAGAGAAGCUUGAGAUUAGCGGAGCGGGGGAUCCAUCUGGGCGUGGCCUGGCGUUUUCCUUUCUCAAGAUUCAGCACAAGCAGCCAGGGGCGGAGAAGAUCAAGGUGGUUGAAAAACGGGCGGCGCAGGCUCGGGGCGGGGCGGCGGUGACAGGCACGGACGCGGACCUGCGCAGGCUCGGGAUGGAGGCGGCUCGGGAGGUGCUGUUAAAGCUAGGAGUGGCAGAUGAGCAGAUUCAGAAGAUGGGGCGCUGGCACAGGAUUGCCUUGGUUCGAAAGCUGUCUUCGGAACAAGCGGCCGCUGCUGCGGGGAAGAGUGGUGAUUCCGUUGCUGCGUUGAAUAAGUUCGCGCGCGGGCAGCGCAUGUCUUUCUCGCAGCUGCAGCUGCAGACGCGGAGCAAGUGCCAGGAGGUAUGGGAGAAGCAGGUCAGGAGCUUAUCGGCUCUGGCGGAAGGGGAGGAGGAGGAAGAGGAGGAGCUGUUGGGAGACUUGGACUCGUUUGCGGGGGACUUGGAGAAUCUGCUGGAGGCUGAGGAGGGCGGGGAGGAGGAGAGAGAAGGGCGUGGGGCAAGGGGAGGGGGCGUUGGGGGGAUGAGGAGGAGGAGGGCGUGGGAGGUGCAGCGAGAGGAGGAGCUUGAGGAUGAGGAGGCAGAGGCUGCUGCGCUCAGGCGCAUGCUGCUGGAAGGUGGGUUGGGAAUGGCUGUGUGCAGUGAUGGGUGGUGGCUGUGGGUGAGGGACGGUGUCUAUGAUGAUCCCAAGGAGAACAUCAAGAAGAAGAAGGAUAAGAAGAAGGAGAAGGAGAAGAGCAAGGAGAAGGAGAAGGAGAAGGAGAAGAAGGAGGAUGGUGUUGACAAGAGCGGUACUGCACCUGCCAAGCAUGGCGAGGCAGGAGGGAUGAUGGACCAAGAGGCUGGGAAAUUCACGCCAGCAGCAGCAGCAGGAGGGACUGCAGGAGGCACGGAAGGGGGCGGAGGGGCAGGCGUGGGUGUGGAGGGGAAGAAGCGGGUGGUGGUGAAACGGCUGAAGAAGAAGAUCAAAACGCGGCAGCCCGACGGCACAUUUGUGAUCAAGGAGGUCAUCAUCACGGACCCCCAGCAGAUCGAAGCUGAGAUGGCCAAGCGAUCAGCCCUAGCAGCACAGAGAGGCACGGUAGGGGGGCAGGGAGGACAGCACGCAGAGCAGCAGGCAGAGCAGCAGGAGGGGCAGCAGCAGCAGCAGCAGCAGCAGCAGGAAGGAGGAGGGGCAGAGAAGGACCAAGCAGGUGCAGACGAAACAAGCAAGGCUGCUGUGCCAGGCCAUCCCUCCCAACCACCUGCCACACCUUCGAAAAAGGCUGCCGCAGAUAAG